AUGUUGUCACGAGUUUGUGGGAAUGGAUUACGGUUAACUCGCGUUCGACUACAAUUUCAGCCAGUUUCACUCACUUUCAGAGGUUUUGUUUUCGAAAGUUUUGCUCAAAAUUCACAGAAAAAUUGCAGAAUAUAGCAAUCCGGCGCCGAAACGAGGAUUCUUGAACAAUUUGUUAGAUAAUGUGCGGGAUGAGAUGCAGAAAAACAAGGACUUGCAGGUUGGAAAACGAGAAAUCAAUUUUUUGACUGAAAAAGCUAUAUUUUUAAUUUUUAGGAGCACCAACAGCAGCUGAAAGCCCGAAUGCAAGAGCUGAACGAGUCGGACGCGCUGAAAGACGCUCGCAAAAAAUUUGUGAGUAAAAGGACGAUUUUUGGAGGAAAUGUUGAGCAAAAUGAAUUUUUGCAGGAGCUCGUCGAAAAAGAGACUCUGAAAUCGUCGGAAGUCGUCAAACAGAAGAUUGAGGAGCUCAGUGAUCACAUGAAGAAAGUGAGGAAUGCUCUAGAACAUUUUUGGGAUUUUUUAUUAAUUUUUUAGCCAGAAAAAAUUGCAGAUGGUGCACGAGAUUCAAAAAACGGAAGCCGGAAGGAAGAUGACGGAAGCGGGCGCGGAAGCACUGAAACAGGCCCGAAAAGCGGCCGAAAACGUGGAAAAAGUGGCGGAGAAGGUCGGAGAUACCGAAGUGUACAAGCAUGUUUCUACGGUAAUAAAAUACAAUGUUCUUGUCAUAAAGAAAUUGAAGAAAAAUCUUUAGUCGAUGAAAACGGUAAAAGACGAGAUUGACAAUAUUGCCGACGUCCGAAUGUACAGCAGACCGGGUAAAUUUGAAUUUUGCCUUGCUUUUUUAACAGGCCUGGGCAAGCGAUCUGCUUCCCGUUGCCUGAGAAAACGAUGACAAAAAAUCUGGGGGCGAGGGAAAUACCAUUUGCGCGGUAGAACAGAGAGGCGCAAACGGUAGACAGUAUUUCUCUUGCCCCCCAGAUUUUUUCUCUGCUUCAAGCACAGGCCUGAUUAAAAAAAAAAGUUUCCAAAUCAAAGAUGGGCGUCGCGCGAAAGCGGCACAGUUUUCAACGUGAUUUUUCUCAACCGUUACGUUUCGCCACUGUGAAACAAGCUUGGCAACCGAUACGUUUCGCCAGUGUAACGGAAUGCAACCGUUAUGCCAUAAAAUUGGCACAUUUCUCUCAAAAAUAUGUCCCAGCGGUUGUGGCACAUCACGUUGCGAAACGAAGAGGUCUCUUACAGAUCUUGCUGAUUUCUUUUUCUCAAAUUAGAACAAAUAACUGUUUCCAGAAACGUUGACAAAACGAACUGACGGAUUCGAUUUGGAAAAGGAUCGCGUCGUUGAGGCCAAUGAGUACGCGUUUUUCGUUUAACUUUUUCGACAAAUUUUUCAAUUGCAGCUCGGCAACAGAUGUGACACUGCACAAAGACUCGAAAUGGUACUCGGGAUGGAAGAAUUUCUCCGAAUCGAAUGCAUAUUAUCACAGUUCGUUUUUAGGGGAACAUUUUGAAUUUUUUUGCAUUUUGACUAAAAGUGGCAGAGAAAAUGAGGGAAAAACACUUUUUCCUUUACAAAAAAUUUUUUUGCAGAGCUGCUCGACUGGAAAAUCAAAUACGAAGAGUCGGACAACGUGGCGGUGCGGCUGAUGAGAGGAGUCACCGAAAAAAUCGGAUCCGUGUUUUGUAUGCAAUUUGCCCCCUUAUUUUUUCUGAAUUUCCCCACAUUUUCCAGCUGGCCAAAGCGAACUUUCGGAAGUUUUGACGGAAAUUCAUAAAAUCGAUGCGAAUUUCGACAAACAAGAAUGGCUGAAAUUCUGCGAGACCAAGGUAUCGAUUUUUCAGGGGUUUUUAGAAUUGUUAGAGUUGUUUUCAGAUUAUUCCCAAUAUUCUGGAAGCAUUUAUUCGAUUCGAUCUCGAAGUUCUUCAAUCCUGGUGUCACGAGAGAGUGAGUGAACAAAUUUUUUUUAAUAAGCCGGACUAAACACCUCCUAAAUUUUGCAGGCGUACACUCAAAUGGCGACAGUGGUAAAAGAGUACCAAAAGAUGCAUUUUAGCACAAAAGACUCGCGAAUCAUCGACAUUCACCGGGUGGAAAUGUUAACGGGCAAAAUGAUGGAGCAGGGCCCCGUGCUCAUCAUUUCCUUCCAGGCCUACAUGAUCAACGUGACGAAAAAUGCAGAGGGAAAAGUGGUCGAAGGAGAUGCGGUACGCCCCCUUUUUUUUUAGAAUCCAUGUCAAACUGCAGUGGAUGAAUAUGAAGAGUCUUAGGAGUACUGUACCUACAGUAACCUCAUCGAUUGAACCGUAUUACGGUAGCUAUGGCAAUCCGCGUAUCACACACUAUUUCUCUCUUCUUUUUUCGUUUAUUCACACAUUUGGCCAUUAUGGGACCACUCUCUCAUCGAAACUUCCGGAAGCCGGGGAAAAGUCUAUAGGCCAGGGCCCAGAGGAAAAAGAUUAAUUCAAAUUAUAGCAAACACUGUUUUCCAAUGCAUUUUCUUAUUUUUCAGGAGAAUCCGAAAAAAAUCGGCCAUGUGUGGGUGCUUUGCCGCGACGUCGAAGAGUACAAUCCGGCGACUGCGUGGAAACUUUUGGAAGUGCACAUGCAGGAGAGCCCUCUCGCCGUCUAA